AUGUACACUGAUUGUUCGUUAACAAACGAGAGUGAUCGUUUAAUUGCGAUAGGUGGUGUGGCAAGACAACACCAAAAGAAAAAUGGUGAUAAGUACUCUGCAGGACUGUGGCAAUCUUGGAUUAGAGAGCAGAUGUGCUGGUUCACCUACGGUGAGCAUAGGCAACAUCCGAGAGAAAACACUGGGCGAGCCCCUUCCUGGUCAUGGGCUGCAGUGAACCAUUCAGUCUAUUUUCCUGAGGAUACAAAAGUUUUUCAUGAAGCGUAUACCGACGUCACCAAAAUCGACAUAACUCUUGAAAAUGCCGACGAUCCAUUUGGAGGUGUUAAGAGCGGAGUCCUGACCCUCCGCUCAAGGUUCAUGAUGAUCUUUGAAAUGGAGUCACGUCCUAACACUCCUAACAACUAUCGCGGAAUAUCCUUUGGUAAAUUCCCAAUUAGCGCUUCCGAUAUCCGUUGGGAUCAUAGAGAUUGUGGUUUGGAGAGCUAUUCUGAAUCAAUUUUAAUGUUACCUAUUGGCGUCUCGAAAGACUCGGUAAUUAAGGUGCUCUUGCUAAUAUUGACCAAUCAAGAAAAUGGGCAAUAUGAGCGUGUCGGUUAUUUCGUUGUAUACGAUUGGGCUGAUGAUUACAAACUAAUUCGUCGAGCCAUGAAUCUUACCCAAGAUGAGCAAUUCAAAGAGCUGGGUCUUGGCGAUGCCCUUCCUUCAGAAAAAGACUAUAUUUCAACUGAUGUAGAUGAAGAUGGGAUUACGUGGUAUACAAUUUCUAUUGUAUGA